GAUGUUGUCACGCAGAGAGAGCCACCAUUCCAGAUUAUGUUUUUUAAGAGUAACGCAAAAAACUGAACAACUGCCGAGGAUCAAAGCAAGCAAGGCAUAGUCUAGUCGUAUGAAUCGGGCAGUACGAGUGCCAACAAUUUCUGUAAAACCCUAAACUUCAUUCUUCUGGCUUGUAUCUUUCUCAAUUUUGGAAAACCAAAACAAUACACUGAAUUUGGCAAAUGUCUCACUCUCAACCGUUACCCCUCAAGAGACAAGGUGAGCAUUUGUCCGAUGAUGGUGCUUCUGCCAUUAAACCGUCUCGCCUCAAAAUCGCAAUACCAUCUGAGGAUUCCGACAAGAAGAAUGCGAACAAUAGGAUCAAAGAUGUUGAAAUUUGUGUCCCGAUAGUGUAUGGGACCAUUGCAUUCUAUCUUGGCAGGAAGGCCAGUGAGUCUCAGUCACACAAGUGGACAGUCUAUGUACGCGGAGCUUCGAAUGAAGAUCUUGGGGUGGUGAUUAAGCGGGUUGUGUUUCAAUUACAUCCUAGUUUUAAUAACCCCACUAGAGUUGUGGAGUCGCCACCGUUUGAGUUGUCAGAAAGUGGUUGGGGUGAAUUUGAAAUAGCCAUCACUCUCUAUUUCCACAGUGAUGUCUGUGAAAAACAGUUGGACUUGUAUCACCAUUUGAAAUUAUAUCCAGAAGAUGAAUCUGGCCCCCAGUCUACAAAAAAACCUGUAGUUGUUGAAUCUUAUAAUGAGAUUGUUUUUCCUGAACCCUCUGAGGGUUUUCUUGCACGUAUACAGAAUCAUCCUGCUGUUAAUGUGCCUAGGCUUCCUGCUGGUUUGAAUUUACCAAGUCCUGUACCAAUUGAUACUAUGAGUGACAAGGAGAGAGGUGACACCAAAGAUCAUUCUCUGAACCAGUGGUUCUUGAACUUCUCUGAGGCGGAUGAGCUCUUAAAACUUGCAGCAGCACGCCAGCAGGUGCAAGCUCACAUUGUUAAGCUGCGAAGACAAUUAAGUUUGGUGGAAGGGCUACCUCAGCUGUCAAAACCACCCUCUGGUUAUGAAUGUACAUGAUUUUCCAUUUUAUAAUUUUUUGGGCUCCCCCUUUGGGGUCAAACUUGGAAGAUCAAGGAUGAAUAAUCAUGUAUAUAUAGUCUUCGUUGUAGAUUGUGUUGAAUAUUUUUUAUCGGCAGAAAAUAUUAAAGUUUUAGAAUAACGGACAUGUUUAAUAGCAUUUCAGCGUAAAGUA